CGGCUCAUCGCACUUCGCACAAACCCAUUGGAGAACAUUGAGGGCCGUCUGCGCCGUUUGCCAGAACACGUGAAAACCCAGAGAAUAUCGGAAUGGCUCAACACGUAUGCCGAUGAGCCAAGUCCCGUUAGUUACAAUCCGACAACCGGCGUGUACAAAAGCAGCAUCGAUACGAUCGAUGGGUGGGCACAGGAGGCGACGGAAGAGCGGGAUAAGGCAAGGAAAAUCUACCACUUGGGAACGGAAGUUUUAAACGACGUGAAAGCGGACCGAGAACGAGCAGAUAAAGCGCUGAAGAUUAAGAAUUUGGAACUAGAUUCGUUGUAAUUCUUGUACUAAAGAUUGAUCUCUACCUGCGUUAGAUCCUCGUAACCCUAAGGCGAAGUCUCUUAAACUUCUCAUUCUCAUUCAUCACCACCACCUCCUCUAAACCCACCUAACUAACGAUCUUACCCUAACCCGAACCACCCUAAAUAAAAAGGGCUCUAAUCUCAGAGUGAUUGAUGCCAGUUUGCGUCUCCAGGACUUGAAAGACGUACAAAAACGGUUGCGAUGGACUUUGCCUUUGAACCAGUUUUGUACUGGAACCGAAGACAUGCAGCAUUUGGCCAGUGGAGACUUCUCUGGCACC